GCUGACUUGUAAUAACAUUGCCUACGCUUAUUCGUGAUGCAAGUCGAAAGAUAGUAGGAUGCAUUUCGUCCAAUUGUUUCGAUCUGUAGCAUGUUUACAGAUUAUAUCAAAUUUUUUGAUAAUUUUUAAUAAUGCUUAUAACAUUUUCGAAGAAUCUCCUACAUUUUUGCAUCGAAAGUAUGGAAAAAUGUCGGACGAUGAGCAACAAAAUUUGUUGCAGGCAACUAAGGAAAUGUUCUAUUUUGGUUAUCGAAAUUAUAUGAAAUAUGCCUACCCUGAAGACGAACUAGACCCUAUUCACUGUGCUGGUAGAGGCCAUGAUCAUGCAAAUCCGGAGAACAUCAAUAUCAAUGAUGUGCUUGGUGAUUAUUCCCUCACUCUCAUUGAUGCCCUGGAUACACUAGCAAUCAUUGGAGACCGAGAAGAAUUUCAGCGAUCAGUACAGCGAGUCAUUGAAGAUGUAACCUUUGACAAAGACACAACUGUGCAAGUCUUUGAGGCUACUAUUAGAGUGUUGGGAGGACUUCUUUCUGCUCAUCUGCUCAUAGAAGACCCAGUCCAGAGACUUGGAGACCUGCGUCCGGAGUGGUACAAUGGAGAGCUUCUGGACAUGGCUUCUGACUUGGCAGCAAGACUUCUUCCUGCCUUCUCACUCAGUCCGACUGGCAUUCCACAUCCCAGAGUCAACCUUCGUUCAGGCGUGCCCUACGGAGGGCGUACAGACACGUGCACUGCAGGUGCAGGCACGCUGCUUGUAGAGUUUGGUAUCCUGUCGAAGCUGUCAGGAGAUCCUACAUACCAGCUUGCUGCCAGACGUGCGAGCAGAGCUCUGUGGAAUCGAAGGCAUAAUACCACUGAACUCCUAGGUAACGUACUUGAUGUGAACACUGGCAAGUGGAUGAGCGAGUUGAGCGGCGUGGGCGCGGGGCUUGACAGCUUCUACGAGUACAUGCUCAAGAGCUACGUCCUCUUUGGGGAGAGGGAGGACUACGAUAUGUUCAAUGUGUCCUACUCACGCAUCAAACAAUACAUGCGCAGAGGCAUGAAAUUAUUAAAUUUAUUUUCUCUGGGCGACCAUCCCCUGUACGUGAACGUGCACAUGAGCAGCGGCGGCACGCACACCUCGUGGAUUGACUCCCUUCAAGCCGCCUUUGCCGGCCUCCAGGUGCUCGCGGGUGACGUGGAGGAGGCCAUCUGCACGCACGCGCUGUACUGGAGCAUCUGGCAGAGGUUCGGUGUGCUGCCAGAGCGCUACAACUGGCAGAGGGCAUCACCAGACGUACUCUUCUACCCUCUCAGACCUGAGUUUGCAGAGGCUACUUAUCUUCUCUACCGUGCGACACGCAACCCUUUCUACCUGCACGUUGGCCGCGAAAUUCUACACUCCCUGAACAACCUGACGCGCGCUGAGUGCGGGUACGCUACUGUACACUCUGUGAUCGACGGCUCUCUGGAGGACAGGAUGGAGUCCUUCUUCCUCUCAGAGACCUGCAAGUAUCUUUACUUGCUGUUUGACCACAACAACCCUGUCAACUUGGGGUCGGGCCAGUUCCUGUUCACCACCCAGGGCCACGUGGUGCCUCUGGGGCCCUGGCUGCGGGACAAGACCCUGUGGGACGAGGCCCACUUCACGCCAGAGGCCCACAAGGCGGUUAACCUCUCCGACUCGAACGUAUGGACGCCGGGGUGCGAUGCAGUAGACCAAGCGCGGCAAUUUGGUCUGCCCCUAGAGAGCCACUAUCUGCAGCAGGUCUAUUCUGCCGUCGGUCUACACUCCUGACCUUAUUUGCUGGUCUAUUCUGCCGUGGGUCUGCACUCCUGACCUUAUUUGCUGGUCUAUUCUGCCGUAGGUCUGCACUCCUGACCUUAUUUGCUGGUCUGUUCUACCGUGGUCUGCAUUCCUGACCUUAUUUGCUGGUCUAUUCUGCCGUGGUCUGCAUUCCUGACCUUAUUUGCUGGUCUAUUCAGCCGUGGGUCUGCACUCCUGACCUUAUUUGCUGGUCUAUUCUGCCGUGGGUCUACACUCCUGACCUUAUUUGCUGGUCUAUUCUGCCGUGGUCU